AUGGUAAAAAGGACAAGAGAGGUUCAUAGAAACCUCAAAAGAAUCAAAGUAGAAGUGGAGAAUGAAACUCAACUAUCAAAAAACUACGAUGGCCAAAUACCGAUAGAAAUAAAAAAUGAAAAGAAUAUACAGAUCGAUAUCAAGGAAGAACUGAAAAAUAAUACUCUAACAGGGCAAACCGUUUAUGGUGACUUAGACAAGCCAGAGAGGAAGCUGGCACCAAAUAUAUUUAAGAAUGCAAAACAAACGACAGAAGGGCCUGCAAACUGGACUAGAAUUUAUAAUGAAGUGGUCAAGAUGAGAAGUAAAAUAACAACACCGGUUGACACACAAGGCUGCGAAAGAAUGCCAAAUAGCAUUAGUCCAGGCAUUCAGAAAAGAGAUCCGAAGCGAUUCCGUUUCCAACUACUUAUUUCGUUGAUGUUAUCUUCUCAGACGAAAGAUGAGAUAAAUUUUGCAGCAAUGAUGAAGCUCGAAUCGUUCUUCAAGAAUUUUGGUGGUCUUUGUAUUGAGGGUAUUUUGGCAACCUCUGAAAAGCAAAUAGACGACUUAAUAUGUCAAGUGGGAUUCCAUAAUAGAAAAGCAGGUUAUAUCAAAAGAACUUGUGAAAUCCUUAUGGAAACUCAUGAAGGAGAUGUUCCAAAGACAAUUGAGGAAAUCACUAGUUUGCCCGGGAUAGGGCCCAAAAUGGGAUACUUACUCUUGCAGAAUGCAUGGAAUCUCACCCUGGGAAUAGGAGUAGAUGUUCAUUUACACAGGUUGGCACAGGCAUGGGGAUGGGUUCGUAAAUCAAAUAACCCAGAGACAACGAGAGCAGACUUGGAAAGUUGGCUUCCUCGAGAAUAUUGGGCCGACAUCAAUCCAUUGAUGGUAGGAUUUGGACAGGUUGUCUGUGUACCAAGAGCAUCCAAUUGUGAUGUAUGUUAUUUGUCCCAUGGCUUGUGUAAGAGCAGGAAUCGCAAAUUACGACUUCCUUUGACGGAAGAAAGAAUUGUGAAAUUAAAUAAGCAGAGAGGCGAUUUAUCGGCGUUGAUUGCGGAUGCAGCGAAUAAGGAUUGGUAA